AUGCAUUCGAUCCUCGCCAUAUCGCUCGUCCUAUCACUCGCCCUCUUCUCCACAGCGGCGCUAAACCCCUGCUCGUUCGCGACAAACGAUAUGUCUCUAACAGAAGCCCAACUGAUACAAAUUGCUCCGCAAUCAAAAUCCUGCGACGACGCUCCAGCAAAGGGAGAAUGUGCUACGGCAAAGACAGCCGCCGACUCCAUCUCCCAAUCUUUCAAUACAUACAACGUCACCAAUAAAGCCGAACAAGUCGCAAUCCUCAGCCUGAUGGCCUUUGAAAGUAACGAUUUCAAGUACAACAAGAACCAUUUCCCCGGUAUACUGGGACAAGGCACGCGCAAUAUGCAAUCUCCCGCCUUCAAUAAGAAAUAUGCGAAGAGCAUUCCCGAGCUGAAAAGUAGAUUUUAUUUCGUGGAGAAUAUUCCCGCAGAUCUACUUGACUUGUUGCGUGAGAAUAAAACUUAUGAUUUCGGUUCUGGUGCUUGGUUCCUGACUACGUACUGCUCGAAGGAAGUGCGUUCUGCGCUACAGGAUGGAUCUGAGAAGGGGUGGAAAAAUUAUAUCACAAUUCGAGGAGUUUCAGGUGUGAUUUGCUGUAUCUGGCUCCUCGUGGAGUCAGUGAUCUGGGUUUCUAUCUAA